AUGGCGUCCACAGCGUGGCCCAACACAGCCGUUGCGGAGCAGCAAUAUUCCAAUGCGCAACACACAGCACCCUUUGCAGCGGAUGUUGCAGAAGACGAGACGGAGCAGGACGGUCAGCGCAUACAGUGGUCUGCUGCAGGGCCGCGUGACUCGUUCAGCAGCGUAUCUUCCAGCGAGUCUGGCGUUCAACCGUACGAGACAACUCCGAGCACCAGUCCAGGAUGGCCCAUGACCACGACCAACGACACGUUCACCACAGCCAAUUCCACAGUGGGUAUGGCGCACGCAUUCCUAAGCAAUGGUCUGAAUUCUAUUGUUUCGGAAGCCUCAAAUUUGGACUUGGGCGGGAUGUUCUCAUAUCCCACAAGAGGCGGCUCCACUGGCAAGCAAGGUAUAACGCAGGACGCAAAAGGCGAGCAAAUCGUAGACGAGCCAAUUUCCCAAGUGAGUCGAGACGAAGCAAUAGACAUGCAGCCUACACCACAAGCAAGGCGCAACACUGUUCCUUGGGCGAAGAACACUCCGCCAAUGUCCCGUCUAACGACACAAAAUCUUCCCGAAACCAAACCUACUACAGGGCUCCGGCUCACCAUCCCGCUCACGCCCAGUCGACUCACUGGGAUAUCACCGAGUCUUCCUGCGUUGUUUGCUGGUGCGUCGGACCUGUCCAUGUGGCUAGACGAUCCUAUAGUGCCCUCGCCGCUGUACGAGCUUGGCGCAUGCACGGGCUGGAACGGCUUGCUUUCUGCAAACGACACGGGCAAGACACCCACCGCAAUUUCGUCGCGCUCCGCAGACCACAGCAUAACCAAGGAAUCACGGUCCUUGUUGCAAGAAACAUUGCUGCCCUCGCACGAUGAGCGAGGGGCUGCGUGGGAUCGCACACCGGGCGUAUCACCCGUGCUUAUUAGCUCGGUGGAUUGGUGGGCGCAAAACACGGACGCCCAGUUCCGCUUCCAUCGAUCCAUGCUAGACGCGCUUCCUCAGCUACCUUUUGUGCGCUAUGAAGACCAACGCACAUCUUUGGCCGUCUCCGUGAUCUCUAGAUUUUUGACGUACACGUCAUUUAUGUGCAUGGCAGAGCCAUCGGCGCCUCAGCCGCCGUUUCUGCACCGCCACCUGCUAAUGUCACAACGCAACAAACUGCCGGUGUCGCUCGCAAUGACUCGAUGCGUUCUUGGCGCAUUAGCACUUCGCCUGCCGUCCAGCGAUGGCUGGGCUUGGUCGCAGGCUGGACUGCAGCUGGAGCAACUCUUGCACGAAGCAGCAUCGACUUCUGCAUGCAUCAGCGAAGCCAUGGCAUGUGUGACAAUGCGAUUCAAGUACGCGGGGCGGCUAGAGGGCUAUUUGCAGCGCACCAUGACCUUUGAUGGUAUUAUGCAGCUCAUGGCCCUGCUGCAAUCGAUGUGGUUCUACGUGGUAGUCGGCGCAUUGAGCGACAACCUGCGCCUAAGUGCGAAUUCACCACACCCCGGAUCUUUUGCAUUUAUUCACUCGCAUUGGAGGCCGAAUCUCCUGCCUGACGCAGUAGAGACGUUGCAGGAUUUGACCGUAGCUGUCUCCUCCGUCGCGCUCUAUUUGCAGCAGCACCAGUGGGAUGGACUUGGAGAAGAGAUGGAUCAGUACCUCUGGUGGAGCUUGUGCGAGUCGCUGCGCCGCACACUGCUUGCAUCGCACGCUUUGCUUAUCCUAAUGCGCUUCAUUCUCCAUGCUACGGAAACGACGCAGACUGGGCCACGCUCGGGGAUGGUGUCGUUGGCGCAUGCUCCUUUCUCUAUACGAGAAUCCAGGCACGUGUCUUGGAAAGCACACCACUGGGAGUCUACUCUGGCGGUCGAGCUCCCGGCCAUCGCCGAUAUGUUUGAAGCAGACAACGUCAGCCUGUGGCGCACGCUAUGGAGCAACUGGCGCGAAACGCAACACAACAAGAGCAUGGGUGCGAUUGCGUAUACCACGCUCGGCGUGAUUUGCGCAACUCUUAUAUACCUGGCUGGGUACUUGGUCCUUUCCGGCUCUGGCGAACAAUUUGAUGUCGGCGGGUUUCUGGAGAACACUAGCCCGUACGUCUGGGCGAACCUCGGUAUUGGCUGCUGUAUUGGUUUCAGUGUCGUCGGUGCGGGAUGGGGUAUUUUUAUCACGGGUGCGUCGAUUCUUGGCGCUGGUGUCCGCGCGCCGCGGAUUACGACCAAGAACUUGAUCAGCAUCAUUUUUUGCGAGGUCGUCGCCAUUUACGGAGUUAUUAUGGCGAUCGUUUUCUCUGCGAAGAUAAACGGACGUUUGGAGGAUAACAUACAUGGGCUAUGGACGCCACAGAAUUACUUAACAGGAUAUGCGCUUUUCUGGGCAGGUCUCACCGUCGGUCUCUGCAACCUUGUUUGUGGUGUUGCGGUUGGCAUCACGGGUGCGAACGGAGCGGUUGCUGAUGCGGCGGAUCCGCAGCUAUUCGUCAAGAUUCUCGUGGUCGAAGUGUUCAGCAGCAUCCUGGGUCUCUUUGGACUGAUCGGUGCGUAG